AUGGCUCGUUUCGCCCAGUAUGCUCUGGCUGCGUCCGAAGAGGCGCUGCAAGAUGCCGGUUGGAUGCCAUCGACGUUCGAACAGAAGGAAUCCACGGGCUAUCGAAAGGUCUCGCCGUUAUUCGUCCCCAAGCUUCUCAUCAACCUCGGCGCCGGUCAUAUCUCCAUGAAAUAUGGAUUCAUGGGCCCCAACCACGCCGCCACAACGGCAUGUACCACCGGCGCGCACUCUAUCGGAGAUGCGGCACGCUUCAUCGCGUGCGGCGAUGCGAAUGUCAUGCUCGCUGGCGGGGCGGAGUCGUGCAUUCACCCCCUGGCCAUCGGAGGGUUCGCGCGAGCCCGCAGUCUGGCAACCAGCUACAAUGACACCCCCGACAAGGCGUCGCGGCCGUUCGACGCAGACCGUGAGGGGUUCGUGGUUGGGGAAGGCGCCGCCAUGGUGAUUCUCGAGGAACUGGAACACGCCAAGGCUAGAGGCGCCCACAUCUAUGCCGAGCUGAAAGGAUACGGCUGCUCGGGUGAUGCGCACCACAUGACGGCGCCCAAGGAAAACGGCGAAGGCGCCCUCCUCGCCAUGAGGAAAGCCCUGAAGAACGCACAGCUGCCGCCGUCCGCAGUCGACUAUGUCAAUGCGCAUGCUACGUCUACGGUGGUGGGCGACGCCGCGGAGAACGCGGCCAUCAAGACUCUCCUCCUCUCCCCCGGGGGGAAAGAGAAGGCUGCGGAUGUGAACAUCAGUAGCACCAAGGGCGCUGUUGGACAUUUACUCGGCGGAGCGGGGGCCAUCGAGGCGCUGUUCACGAUCCUGGCGAUUCACGAGAAUGUGAUGCCUCCGACGGUUAACUUGGAGCGGUUGGCUGAUGGCUUCGACUGCAACUAUGCGCCCAAGGCGGCGCAGGAGCGCCGCAUCGAUGUGGCGCUGACGAACAGCUUCGGCUUCGGAGGGACCAACAGUAGGCCUCACGUGACCACCCGAUGCGGAGCCCCGAUCGAUCGGAUCACGGGGAUCCAGAACCACCUACGCUCACUCCGCCAUCACCUUUCUCUGAUCCCGCCUGGUUGCCGGUUCAGAUCACUCGCUCUAUUGUGUAAUUGGUCUUUUUUGACGACUGGGUUUUUCUUGGAUUGUUUUGGAGCUGCCUUGGUCACGAUGGCUGCCAACGGCGAUAGCGGUAAAGGUGCAGGCGCAGGCAGUCUGGUCGAUGCGUCGGGGUACAAGUAUUCGGACAAAGACACAAAACAGGGGAAGAUCAAGCUGAAGAAGGCGGCGAAGCUGGGGGGAAAGAAGAAGAAUGACGAACCCCCCGAGUCGCCCGGUUCCUCGCCGAUCCUCCCCGAAAUCGACGAAAAGACCCUCGCGGCGUUCCCAACUGGCAAGCCGCGCGAGGAAGACCAUCUCGAGACAGUCAUCUGCAAGACGUGCAAGCGACCCGUGCUGAAGACGACGGCGGCGGAGCACAUCCGCGGCUGCAUCAAGGCGAAGCAGGAGAAGGCGCGGCGGAAGAAGGAGGCGCGCGACGCGGCCAACCGGGCCAAGGAGAAGGGCGGGGAUGUCAAGGACGGCGAUGAGGACGCGGACGGCGGCGGCGGUGCGGGCGACGACGCCAUGAAAGGGCAGAAGAGUGCCAAGAAGAGCGCCGUCAAGGGCAUGGCGGACGACGGCACGAAGAAGGGCAAGAAGCGCAAGGCUGGGGUCGAGGGCGGCGACGAUGACAAGGAUACCAAGGAGCCCAAGAAGAAGAAGAAAAAGGAGGAGCCCAAGCCCAAGGCGCCCAAGCCUAAGGGACCCGUGGAUGUCGAGAAGCAGUGCGGUGUCACCCUUCCGAAUGGCGCGCAGUGUGCGCGCUCGUUGACGUGCAAGAGCCAUUCGAUGGGUGCGAAGCGCGCGGUGCCGGGUCGGUCCCUGCCGUAUGAUAUGCUGUUGCAGGCGUAUCAGAAGAAGAAUCAGGCGAGGCAGCAGACAGAAGCGGCAAUCGAUGCCAAUGCUCCGCUCCAGGAUGAUCUGGAGAAUAACGGUCCCGUGGAUUCGGACGAGGAGAAGGACGCCGUCAUGGCGGCGAUUGCGCGGUCCCAUCCCAGGCCGCUUGUCACGCAUACGCUCAUCUCGACCAAGAAGAAGUACCAGUACGUCCGGAUCAAGGAAAUGCUCUCGCAUGCGCUGGGGGGUGCGCGCGGCGGCGGGCUCUUCUCGACCGGCGACAUGUCUCCGCCCAUGGAUGGGAAUUUGUUCCAGCCCGUCGGAGACAUCACGCUGUCUCCUAAUCUCCCUUCACACGGUAGCGCUGCUGCAGACAAUGCGGGUGACACCGCAAACCAGACGCCGGCGCAGGCAGCGAAGAAACUGCCCCUGACGACGGGGGCUUCUUAA